CAGAUUAACAAUUCUAGUGAAAGCUGUCGUUGUGGGCAGUCCCAGUAAUUUUUUCGCGACAGAAAACCGUGAGUUUUGUUUUUUCGCAUAGAUUAGUAAAGAUAGAUGUUUGCAGCUCGGAAAAAUAUUCACUAACUGACGUAGACAAAAAAAAAAAAACAUACCAUGUCCCAAACGGUCGUGAAAGACGCUAAGGCCAUCUUCAAGGGCGACAUGAUAGACGAGCCCUCAUCGGCGGAACCUCUUCAAAUCAUCGGCAACGGUAAAAACGGUAAGAUAGUCGACGGUAACUCAGAAAGUGUGGUCAAGAGGAAACCCAUACACCCCAAAUACGCACCUUUACCGGACUACAAAUGGCGUAUCGUUUGGCGCAACGUCAUAGCCUUCGCCUACCUUCACGUAUUCUCCAUCUACGGGGCGUAUCUCGCCCUGUUCAAGGCCCACUGGCUCACAUUCUUCUGGGCGUUCUUCGUCGCAGUGGCCGCCGGUCAAGGUAUAACAGCCGGAGCCCACAGGUUAUGGGCCCAUAGAACCUACAAGGCGAAACUACCCCUACGCAUCUUCUUGGCCACGAUGCAGACGAUGGCUUUUCAGAAUCACCUCUACGAGUGGGUGAGAGACCACAGGGUACAUCACAAGUUCACGGACACAGACGCAGAUCCGCAUAACGCACGAAGGGGCUUCUUCUUCUCCCACAUAGGCUGGCUGAUGAUUAAGAAACACAGGGACGUCUUCGUCAAGGGAAAACAGGUGGAUCUGAGCGAUCUCAGGGCAGAUCCCGUGGUUAUGUUCCAGAAGAAGUACUACCUGCUCCUGAUGCCUUUACUCUGCUUCGUUUUUCCCACCUUUGUGCCUUGGUACUUUUGGAACGAGAAUUUCUGGAUCUCAUGGUACGUCGCUGGCGUUUUGAGGUACACCUUGUCGCUGAACAUCACCUGGUUGGUCAACAGUGCAGCUCACAUUUGGGGCAUGAAGCCCUACGAUAGGAACAUCGCGCCUUGCGAAAACAUCUUCGUGGCCAUAGCAGCCCAAGGCGAGGGUUGGCACAACUACCACCACGUCUUCCCCUGGGAUUACAAAGCGGCGGAACUGGGCAACUACAAGCUGAACAUAAGCACUGCCUUCCUGGAUUUCAUGCACUACAUCGGCCAGGCAUACGACCUGAAGACGGCCACCAAAGACAUGAUAGACAGGAGGGCCAAAAGGACGGGGGAUGGCAGCAGACACGCCCCGACCAAGGAGAAGGAAGUGUAUCAAGGCUACCACAGCUACCUGGACGACGGAGAGCACCUCUGGGGAUGGGGCGACAGGGACAUGAAGGACGACGAGGUCGAUUUCGUGUUGAAGACCAACAACCUGACAGAACGAUGAGAAUAUCGACUUAUUUAUGUACCUUUAACGUUAAUAUUUAUCACCUAAGUAUUCACAAACGGUUAGGAAGGACGCUCGAUGGAUUUCUAACAAUGCCUUCAAUUUAUCCGGUGCUUACGUCGAUAGACCUUGACGAAACUAAGGCUAUGAUCGUUAUUGACGAUGGAAAAAACGUUACGUUAAUCUUAUCGCUAUUUUUAAUUGGUGCAAGCAAUUUAGUUAAGACAAAAUGACGAAUCUACUCUUAAUUUAUGUUACCACGGUCGAUUUUCCACGUGUGCAGGUGAUUUUGAUUCCUAAAUUAUUUUAUUUAUGUUCCAUUUUGUUCAAACGAAUAAAGAUUAAUAUUUCAA